AUAAUGGCCCAACCUUCGCAACCCCAAUCCGACCCCUCCGCUUCAACCUCGCAGCCCUUUGUGUCCCAAUGGGCCUCCAGAUACCGCGGGGCAACAGUAGAAGACCUCGACCCGCCCGCAGCCCUGUCCCUGACGCCGUCCGACACCAUCUCGCUGGCGCUGCUGUCGGCCUUCGAGCGCGACUACACGCACCUGACCAUCGUCGACUCCGGCACGCGCGCGCUGCUGGGCUACCUGUCGAUCCCGCACCUGCAGGCGCUGCUGGCGGCGGGGCGCGUGCGGCCCGAGGACGAGGUGCGCGCGGCCAUGGUGCGCUUCCGCCGCCGCGGCGCCAAGUACAAGGUCAUCACCAUGGACACGCCGCUGGAGGAGCUCGAGGCCUUCUUCGAAGGCCGCGACACCGGCGGCCAGAAGCAGGACUUCGCCGUCAUCACCGACAGCGCGAGGCGCUUCGUGCUGGGUGUGGCGACGCGGGCGGAUCUGGAGGAGUUUGUCAAGCGGAGGCCUGCUUAGGAGGAGGAGGGGGAUUGAGGGGGAUUGAGGGCUGUUGGGCGUUGAUUGGCUGAUUGAUGGGGGAAGGUGGCCGGUUUUCAUCAUCAUCAUCAGCGGCGUUGGGUUUUUCUGCGGGCUUGGAAGGAAUGCGGCAUUCAACAUGGAUGAUGGGGUCUCAUGACGGCGGUUUAAUACCCGAGACGGCUGGUAAGGAGGCUCAGAUGUACCCUCGGAGCUCACGCUAUAAAGGCUCUUCCGCGGGUGGCUUUGGAAGGGACACGGAGUGAAGCAGAACGGUCUUUGCAGUCUGAGAGUCAGCACAACAAUGUUGAUUUGCAUUGCCAGGAGGCACUAAAGGUAUACCCUGGGACUCCGCGACUCCCUCGCUUAUGUAUGCCAUCCCAAGCCGGCAUGCGACCACCGCGGCCCAUGC